CAGACAUGGGCUCUCCCGUGGUUGCACAUGUAAAGCUUUGGAACUGGUUGCUGUUGCUGUUGAGUCUGGUAUGCUGUUCUACUGCUGCUUAUUUGGAUGAGCCCAAUUUGAGCAAGAAUUUCCUGCCUCACUAUGAACCUGACCAUGGGGGUGCUGUUGGCUCUUCACAAGAUACAAGACUACAUGUUUUCACAGUGGACUAUGACUAUGUGCAAAUUCCCUAUGAAGUUACACUUUGGAUACUCCUCGCUUCCCUUGCAAAAAUAGGUUUCCAUCUCUAUCAUCGAUUGCCAAGACUCAUGCCUGAAAGCUGCAUCCUGAUUGCCAUUGGAGCACUAGUAGGAGCGAUCAUCUUUGCUUCUGAUCACAAAUCACCACCAGUGAUGAACACAAGUAUUUACUUCUUAUAUCUCCUUCCACCCAUUGUCCUGGAGGAGGGUUAUUUCAUGCCAACUCGUCCAUUUUUAGAAAACUUUGGGUCCAUCCUCUGGUGGUCUGUGCUAGGAUCUCUGAUAAACUCAUUUGGGACUGGCCUUUCCCUCUAUGGAAUCUGCCAGAUUGAAGCCUUUGGCUUGACCAACAUCAACCUGCUGCAGAACCUGCUCUUUGGCAGCCUGAUUUCAGCUGUGGAUCCCGUGGCAGCUCUGGUAGUUUUUGAAGAAGCUUCUGUUAAUGAGCAGCUUUACAUGAUGAUCUUUGGAGAGUCAUUGCUAAAUGAUGGGAUAACUGUGGUUUUAUAUAACAUCUUCAUCGCCUUCACCCAGAUGCACAGGUAUGAAGAAAUUGAAUCCAUUGAUGUCUUCGCUGGCUUUGCUCGCUUCUUCGUGGUGGGGCUGGGUGGCAUGUUGUUUGGCAUCAUCUUUGGAUUUGUUUCAGCAUUCAUGACUCGAUUCACCCAGAACGUUUCUGCUAUCGAACCCCUGCUGGUCUUCAUGUUCAGCUACCUGUCAUACUUGUCUGCUGAAACCCUUUACAUCUCAGGCAUUUUGGCGAUGACAGCAUGUGCAGUGACAAUGAAAAAAUACGUGGAGGAGAAUGUUUCCCAGAAUUCCUAUACCACAAUAAAAUAUUUCAUGAAGAUGCUGAGCAGUGUCAGCGAGACCCUGAUUUUUGUGUUCAUGGGAGUGUCUACAGUGGGGAAAAACCACGAGUGGAACUGGGCCUUCAUUUGCUUCACUCUGCUCUUCUGCCUUGUUUGGCGGACACUGAGCGUAUUUGCUCUCUUCUACAUCAGUAACAAGUUCCGAACAUACCCCUUCACCUUCAAAGACCAACUCAUUAUUUCCUACAGUGGCCUUCGAGGAGCCAGCAGCUUCUCUCUUGCAUUCUUGCUUCCAGAGAACCUCUUCCCAAGAAAAAAAUUGUUCAUUACUGCUACGCUUGUAGUUAUAUAUUUCACUGUGUUCAUCCAAGGAAUCACAAUUGGACCUUUGGUCAGAUAUCUAGAUGUCAAAAAGACCAACAAAAAGGAGUCUAUCAAUGAAGAAAUUCACAUUCGAUUGAUGGAUCACUUGAAAGCUGGUAUUGAAGACAUAUGUGGACAUUGGAGUCAUUAUCAGCUGAGAGAUAAAUUUAAGAAGUUUGACAAUAAGUAUUUGAAGAAAAUCUUAAUUCGGGAACACCAGCCCAAAUCUAGCAUUGUGUCAUUGUACAAAAAGAUGGAGAUAAAACAGGCCAUUGAGAUGGCUGAGAGUGGCAUGAAAAUUUCAAAAUCAUCCACAGCUUCAUUAGAGAGCAGUAGAAAUCGACGUGUUCAUAGGCUCUCCCCCGCAGAGGUGGAGUCCAUGAGAGAUGUCCUGGCACAUAACCUCUAUCAAGUGCGACAAAGGGCCCCAACAUACAACCGACACAACCUGCCUGCCAACACAAAUGAGAAACAAGCCCAAGAAAUCCUCAUCCGUCGGCAGCACAGCCUGAGGCAGAGUUGCAGGAAGGGAAACAGCUUACCUUGGGGUAGACCGGUUAGCACCACGGAAGUACGCUAUCUCUCUUUGCCUCAGGGCCCCAGCCAGCCCUCUAGACGAAAAGCCAGGCGUGUUACUUUUACAGCAAAGCAAGCUGGUAAGAGCAGCUCUGACACACCCAAUGUAAUCAAAGCGCCCUAGAGUCAAACUCCUGGUUUCAGAUCACCGCAGAAGUGGCUCUGAUGCUGCCUUCCCAGUGAUGAUCAGAUCCCAGCCUCGACUACGGCCACUUGAAGAAAAGCACGGCCAGGAAGAGCUGAUUCCAAUGACACGCUUGGAUAGACAAGCAGGCCCACCCAAUCUGUCAGGUCGAAGAGGAAAUUUAAUCAGCCAGCAUCGUUUAACCAGAGCAGACAAUCUAGCUCUAAUGCCAAAGUCUAGAUACACUGUGGGAGAAAUAGAGGGCUAUGAGUCAGAAGAAGAGAC